UAUAUCCGGGAGCACUAACGGGGUCCGCGUGCACGACACAACCUUAGCAACGGCAAAGCUCCCUUCCUACUGAGUUGUAAAUAUCCGGUAAGAUCAGCUUCGUGCACGCGCAAAGCGGAUUUUCGCGUUUCUCACUGUGAGAUGGCGACGGUAAGUGACUCGCGCCUGCUUCAGCAGCCCUCUCAGAAGGAUGCAGCUGAUCAGAACUUUGAUUAUAUGUUCAAGCUAUUGAUUAUUGGCAACAGCAGUGUUGGAAAAACCAGCUUCCUGUUCCGUUACGCCGAUGACUCCUUCACCUCGGCCUUCGUCAGCACAGUAGGCAUCGACUUUAAGGUCAAAACUGUCUUCCGCAACAACAAGCGGAUCAAGCUACAGAUCUGGGACACAGCAGGACAGGAGCGCUACCGAACCAUCACUACAGCGUAUUACAGAGGAGCCAUGGGCUUUCUGUUAAUGUAUGACAUCACCAAUCAGGACUCAUUUAAUGCUGUACAGGACUGGGCUACCCAGAUUAAGACAUACUCGUGGGACAAUGCACAAGUCAUUCUGGUGGGGAAUAAGUGUGAUCUAGAGGAUGACCGACUUAUCCCAGCAGAAAAUAGCCAGAGACUAGCUGAUGAACUAGGAUUCCAGUUCUUUGAAGCCAGUGCCAAAGACAACAUCAACGUGAAGCAGGUGUUUGAGCGGUUGGUGGAUGUAAUCUGUGAGAAAAUGAACGAAACUGUGGAGAAUGAUGGUGGUCCACUCAGCAGCCUCAAAGACUCCAACCUGCAGGACUCUUCCCCUGAAGGACAUGGCAGCUGUUCUUGUUAAAAACCAACCCCACACCACCUUACUUCCAUUCCACCCUACAAACUGCACCCUUGUCUUUGUGCCCCUGCAACACACCUGUGUACAGAGACUUCAGUUUAGCAGUCUGACUAAGACUUGCUGUUCUGGAUUGAGACGUGUCUUGAUUUAGAUCCUUUAAGCCAUUCUCACAUUUCUUCAGGUAUAUUUCAAGCCAGUGUUGUAACGCAAAUUUAUUUGGCCGAUGAGGUGAAAGUAUAUAGUCUGCACAGCAGUUCAUUUGUAUAAUAUAUCAUUAAAAAGCACUACUUACUGCUACAGAAAAAGGGGUGUUUUGGGAUUUGGCUAAGGUCAUUGUUGGUGGAAGCAUUUUCUCUGAACCUAAGUGAAGGAACAGUGUACCUUAAAUCAAGUAAAAUAUCCUUGUUGUCUUGUUGCAGCUCAUUUUAACUCCUCUCAUGACUGCAUUAAGAAAUGUACAGGGUGUUAGAGGUCUCUGUGAUAGCAGCUUACAGAGAUAAACAUCUGUCUAUCCACACCCAUCCAUUCAUUCUAGCCCUCACACUCUUUCUUGGUUGUCGCUCCUCUAAAAGAAAGUUUGGGAGAGCACUGUUGCUUUGCCCACAAUGGAUGUGUUUGACACAUGUAAGCCAAUAGCCCCAUUUUUCUACUGCCAAUCUGUACUAGACUUGGACAGCAUACUGUCUGUUUUAUUUAAGUUUAGUUUUUAGAGGAACUGCAUGUCAAUGCACAAAGCAUGAUAAACAAAUAAAGACAAGCGCAAAUUAAAAUUAGAUUAAUGUGACCAUGUUACAUUUCUUGUCAAAUAUUUUUCAUCAUGGGAAUAAUUAAUGUGUUUAUCCUAGUAAAUAUUUAUAGUACAAUGCUGCAUGUGAUUCAUCACAUAAACUUUGAAUUAAAAUUCUGAAACUGUUACACUAAGUAUUAAAUACCUUGAACUCUUCCUGCUUUUGUAUUUUACUUACAAAGCUUACAGUUAAAUAGCAGUUCCUUCUAUUUCAAUAUAAAGCCAGUUUAUCUAUUUAUAUCUAUAUCUAUCUAAGUAUCACAUUAAUUUUCAAUUUGCUGAUGUGAACCGUAUGGACUCAGUAUGCUUUAAGCUUUUAAGUGGUGUUUUUGUGGUGAAAUAAUCACUGCAUUCAGGCACUAGUGCAUAUGAAAGAUCAGAUGUAUAUGCUUAGGGCAUAUGUGGGCUUUAGGGUCAUGUGUUUCACAUGUUUUGCACUUUUCAAACCUUUUCUCUUUCUUUCAUGUGUUCCUAGUGUUUCUUUGUGUAAGAACAUACAAACUAUCUGCAUCAAUAUCACUCUGAAACUGUGUGUUUGAAUCAUUUAGUAAGUGAAAAUGUGUAGAUUGUAUGCACUUGUAUGCAUUAUAUAUUCAGGGUCAGCUCUGAAACCUGCAAUAUGGUAAUGACUCAGGCUCUACUUAUCUUUAUAUUUGUACUAAGCACUCAUGUAAAUAGCUAUCCUUUAGACAGAAUUGGCUUGUAUAAAGUUUUCUGGUAGCAAAAAUUCUUUCCAAGCUUAAAUGACAACCUUGUAAUAUAACCUGGUCAUUGUGAUAACAGAAACAGGACAAAACUCUCUGCAGCAUCUCAUCUAACCUCCACCCCUUCCCUCUUCUUUUUCUCUAUCAUUUGCCAAACAUACAGUUAACUGUUAUGAUCCGUUGGCACCACUCACCAGAGAACUCUGGUCUCAAAUUUUUCUUUAACCUUUUUUUUUUGGCUCUGGAAUGUCUUAUACUGUACAUACUACACCAUUAAUAAAGCUCAUAAUUACUCACAUA